CAUCAGAACCAGAUAUGUGGGUACCGCGUGUGAUGAAUGGUUAUCCUGCAAAGAAAGGAGACGUGCCAUACCAGGUGGCGAUAAAAGGUUUAGUGAAUCGCCGUUUAAGAAAAUAUAAAACAUCCUGUGGUGCAACAAUAAUCAAACCGAAAAAGUGUGUGUCAGCAGCUCAUUGUUUCCAUGUUAUCGGAGGUGUAUGUCGCGAUUUAUUUUAUCCAGGGUAUGAGAGAGUAUGCCAAGCCGACGAGAAGACAUACGUGGAUAAAUUUGCUGUAGCAGGUAAUUUAGAUAAUGUAGCCGUAUUUCAAGAGGAUCCCGACAGUCAGUGGAGGACUAUACAGAAAGUGUUCUACCCAAAAAAGUAUAAGUUCCCACUACACGAUAUAGCAAUAGUGUUUCUUCACCAACCUUUCAUAUAUAAUGCUUAUGUGGGAGAAAUACCGACCGCAUCACUAAAUGUAGAUUAUAUUGGCCAGUGCCUCGUAUCAGGAUAUGGAAGAACCGGCCAUAAAGAAAAUGACCAAUCGACAAAACUGUUGCUGGCAAAUUUGGUUCUACUACCAAAGAAGCCCUGUAAUAAGCUUCAUCGCAAGAUGAUGGAUGAUUUUGUUUGCACAGCUUCAAGUCCUACGGAUGUCGGAAAGGGUGACUCUGGUGGACCCCUCGUGUGUGCACAUACUGGCGAUCCAAACGAGAAGGAUAAAGGAGUGUUGGUUGGCGUUGUAAGCGGUCAUAGUGUUGGCAAAGGAUCUUUCUUCACUAGAGUCUCCAAAUACAAGAAAUUCUUAGAAAAAACCAAAUCUGGGGCAUAUUCAACUCACAGUUCACAACAUUGCACUUUCAUAUUUUUGGGAUUAAUAUACCUAACCGUUUUCUUGUUUUGACUUGUUUUAUUAAUAUAUUUUACGCCGCCAUGCGUACAUAAAAAGGAACCAGGUCAUA